AUGGAAAAUGAUCAACUGCACCAUGUGAAAUCUGAAUUAGAGAAGAAAAAGAGAGGUAUUGUUAAAACGGUGGAAUUCAUGGAGGAGAACAACAGCAUUAUGUCAGAUUACAGCUUAAUUGACAACCACAGUGAACUGACAAAAAUGGUUGACUUUGAUUUAAAGGGCCAUACCACAAAUUGUGAAUAUUCAGUGAGAUUCACUAGAGGUGAAAUCAAAGAUCAACUACUUGAGGCCUUGGUUGGAAGGACUUGGGAUUUAGAUGAUAUUGAAAUGACUCAAAAACACUCAUUUCAAUACGGAGAAAAAUUCAUAUUUGUUUUGGAGACAAUUAGUGAAGAUCAAUGUUACAUAAGAGAAGGGACAUCAGAAUAUAUAGAAAAAGUUAACAAUGAGGGUGCAAAAAAACAAAUACUUCGAAUCGCUGGUAAUGACAUAUGUGUCACUAAAAACAGUAAUGUUUAUUUUGCUGAUUUUAAUAAGAAGUGCAUCAGCUGUCUGUCGUCAUCAGGAUCUGCCUCUACAGUUAUCAGUACACUUCCAUUCGUACCAAUUGGAAUCUGUCAGUCAGUGGACGGUGGACUACUGGUCUCCCUGAGAGAAAGGGAAUUAGAUCUUUACAAACUAGAGUCACACAGCAGACGUCUGGUGAGACACAUCACAGUGACUGGUGACGUCAUCCAUGAGUAUGAGUACCAGGAGGACGGUCACACCAGGCUGUUUACAUUGCCAUACAGAAUAACACAGAACAGUAACAGUGGUAUAUGUGUUGUGAACCGUACAAAUGAACAUGUAGGUGAUCUAGUAGUUAUGACUUCCUCCGGUUGUAUAACGUCUGUGUACCGUGGACAGAACCUGAAAAAUAAAUUUAGUCCAUUUGAUGUAGAGUGUGACUCCCUCUGUAACAUCCUUGUUACGGAUAUUUACAACAAACAGAUCCAUCUGCUGAGUCCUGAUGGGAAUUUCCUUAAGUUUUUACUGUCAGACAAUGAAGUGAACUGUCCAUACACUUUAUCACUUUACAAGUCUACAUUGUGGGUGGGACAUUGGGAAGGACUUGUCAAAGUGUUUAAAUACAGAGUGUAA